AUGGAGAACUACAACAAAAAUUUGUAUGGAAUCGAUUGGUCUCUCUAUCUGAAAAUGUUCCCAGGAAAAAUGAGAUCUCCUACAAUCGAUCGAAAAAUGGAGGUGACCAUGUUGCAACGUCUCCUCGAUCAAGGAAUCAUCAACAAGGAGCCGGUCACAUUGGACCCAUUUUGGAGAAAUAUCGUUGAAGAGGAGAAAUGGGGAGGAGAUUGGAACACAUACAAAAAACACUUCAGCGGGGGUCUUUGGAAGAAGAUUGAGAGCCUCAACUUCAUCUCCACAGAGUACAGAGCUCUAAUGAUGUAUGUUUCCUCGCGUACGGUCUCUGAGACAUUUGAGAAAGAACUGGAGAAGGAUGGGUGCGUGUGCCAGUUUGAUGAGCACGACCGCAUCAUCUCAAUCGUCUCGAAAAAUAAGCUGGUGGAUGUUGGAGGAAAGAAGCUCGGAAAUAUCGCUCCAAACAAAAAUCGGAAAAAUAAGAAGAAAAAUGAGAAGGACGAUGAGGAAGAUGAGAAUAAGGAGGAGGAUAAAAAGGAAGAUGAGGAGGAUGAGACAAAAGAGGAAGACUGGGAUCAAUCAAAUUCAGUCAUUACGAUCGAAAGAUUUUAUGACAAAUUAAAAUCUCUAAUACAAACUCAUUGCAAGAGACACCGAUUAAAGCACUCGUUCGUUUUGGAAUUGGAUCAAAAAUCUAGAGACAAGGAAAUGUCGAACUUUGAAAUGGUCAAACACCUCGAAACGAUCUCCAGAAGCGUCGUCGAAUCUGAAGAUGAAGAUAUGGAUGUAGCGAAAGCGAAGAAGUUCGACAUCUUAAUGAUUAUCAACUCGAUGGCGAGUGGAAGAGGAUAUGAGAAAACGGAGGAGAGAAUGCUAAUGGCUCUCAACUUGGAAUGUGAACGAGAAGAGAGCAUUUCGUUGCGACAACUCGAACAUAUGAUUAUUGAGCAACUCGAGGAAUGA